AUGGGAUUUAUGCGGCCGGGAUAUCUUUCGGAAAGCUCAGAAUUACCUUUUGCUGGGCUUCCAACCUUUCGUCUUGCCCUGGAUGUCUUCACAUUGACGUUGAUACUGGUCCCUAUCUACUUCAUCGGAAAAAUCACUUACAAUGUCUUCUUCCACCCUCUCGCCAAAUACCCUGGUCCUAAAUCUAUGGCCGCUACCCGUAUUCCCUACAUGCACCUCAUUCUUGCUGGACAGAUGGCUCAAGCAGUCAAAGUACUACAUGACAAAUACGGCGAAGUGGUCCGUAUUGCCCCAGAUGAGCUAUCCUUCAUCAACGGCGACGCUUGGAAGGCCAUCUAUGGGACUCGUCCCGGACACGGCCAGAAGCCAAAAGACUACCGCUUUUACCCCCGACCAUCGAUGGCGCUUCCAGAAAAUGCUGAGGCCGGCAAGCAAGCUCUGGAUAUGGUUUCAUGGUACAACUUCACUACAUUUGACAUCAUUGGUGAUCUGGCAUUCGGGGAGCCAUUUGACUGCCUGAAGAACUCAACCUAUCACCAAUGGGUCAGCAUCGUCCUCUCAAGUAUCAAGUUCGGCGCAUAUACGAAUGUUGCUCGACGCUUCCCCGGAUGGAAGAUCCUCAGCAAACUUAUCACGCCUCAGAAGGUUUCCGACCAGAGAAACAUGCAUAUGCAACUUACGAAAGAAAAAGUGCAGGGACGUUUGAUGAAAACUAACGAGAGGCCUGAUUUCUUCGCCAAUAUUCUCCAGCACAAUGAUACCGAAAAAGGAUUCAGUAUCCCGGAAAUGAUCACUAAUGGCAGUACUCUGAUCGUUGCUGGCUCUGAGACGACUGCUACUGCCCUUUCCGGUGUGACGUAUUUGCUGCUGAAAAAUCCGCGAGUGAUGCAGAAGCUCCAGGAAGAAGUGAGAGGUGCGUUCAAAUCUGACGAUCAGAUCACGUUAGAGAAUUGCAAUAAGCUGGAAUAUAUUCAUGCCGUCCUCACCGAGGCGCUUCGAAUGUACCCUCCCGUUGCGGUGGGACUUCCUCGUGUCGUUGAUGGUCAAGGAGAUACGAUUGCUGGACACUUCGUUCCAGGUGGUACUAUUGUAUCCGUCACACAUAUGGCCGCAUACCACUCUGCCAUGAACUUCAAGCACCCUGAAAAGUUUAUCCCAGAGCGGUUCCUCAAUGACCCUGAAUUUGCAAACGAUAGCAAGACAGUCAUGCAACCUUUUAGUUUUGGUCCUAGGAACUGCAUUGGACGAAAUUUGGCAUACGUCGAGAUGCGAAUCAUUCUUGCGCGCAUGGUCUUCAACUUCGAUAUGGAAUUGGACCAGCCGUCUGAUGAGUGGACGGACCAGCAAUGCUUUCUUUUGUGGGAAAAGAAACCCCUGAUGGUUCGACUUACUCCGAGGACCAAAAUGCAGUAG